UAUUACCAUAACACUACCAAUCACAAGACAAAAAAGUCCCGAUUUUGACAGUUGGCACAAGUUUUUGGCCAUUUUGUGGUUACAAUCGUGUCGGAAAAUCUGUUAAGUGAAAAAAAGGCUUUAAACACGUAAAAAAAAUGAGUCGUUUUUUCGCCGGUUCGGACUCAGACUCCGACAGCUCCUCCGAGGAAGAGCCAAUUCAGCGCGCGCCAGCGCCCGUUUUCACCUUUAGCGACGAUGAAGAGGAGGUCAAACGUGUGGUUCGCUCCGCCAAAGAGAAGCGUUACGAGGAACUCACUAACAUUAUCAAACAAAUCCGCAAUUACAAAAAAAUCAAAGACAUGAGCAGCAUGUUGACCAGUUUUGAAGACCUUCAGAAGGCCUACGUUAAAGCGCUCCCAGUGAUCGCGAAAGAAGAAUCGGGGCAAACGCCCCGUUUCUUCACCCGUUGUUUGGUCGAAAUGGAAGAUUUCAUCAACGAAAUGUGGGAAGAUCGCGACGGACGCAAAAACAUGAGCAAAAACAACAGCAAGUCUUUGGCUUCAAUGCGCCAGAAGUUGCGCAAGUACAUCAAAGAUUUCGAGGAGGAUAUUGCCAAGUUUAGGGAAAACCCCGACCAGCCGGACGAUGAAGAAGAGGAAGAGAAACACGAGCCUGAGCCAGACACUCAAACUGAAGCGCCGGCCAAAGCUGUGGCUAAAAUUUCCAAACAGAUUGUUGAUGAUGAAGGGUCGUCUGAUUCGGACGAUUGGCCUAGUGAUAGUGACUCGAGUUCGGAUAGUUUUGAUGAAGAUGAAGGGAAAGGGACUAUGAGGGAGCGGUUUUUGAAGAAAACUGGGCCGGCGCAUGAAGAUGAUGAAGAACGCGAUCGGAGGAAGGAGGAAAGGAGGAAGGAACGUAAGGAGAAGGAGAGGCGGAAGGUGAAGAAGGAGGAUGAGGAGGAUGGGGAAGGGGAGUGGGAGUUUGUGAAGGGGGGAAUCGCAAUUCCGAGCGAGAAGCCGAAAAUGUUCGCCAAAGACGCGGAAAUCGACCUAAACCUCGUAAUAAAAAAACUCUCCGAAAUAAUGGCAGCCCGUGGCAAAAAACGCACCGACCGUCGCGAACAAAUCGAACUCCUCCACGAACUACAAAACGUCUCCGACCAACACCAACUCGGCCCCGCCAUCUACGUCAAAAUCAAAUUCGCCAUAAUUUCUGCAAUUUUCGACUACAACCCGAAAGUCUCCGACGCAAUGAAACCCGAAUACUGGAUGAAACUACUCGAGCGCAUGUCCGAAAUGCUCGACCUUCUCCUCAGCAACCCCCAACUCUUCGUCUCGGAAUCCGUGACCGAAGAAACGGAAAACCUGGAAGAACCCCCUUACAAAAUCCGCGGCUGUGUCCUAACUUCCGUCGAGCGCCUCGACGACGAAUUCACAAAGCUACUAAAAGAGUGCGACCCGCACAGCAACGAAUACGUCGAGCGCUUGAAAGACGAGGCCAAAGUCUCGGAAAUCAUCGACAAGACGAUGAAAUACCUCGAGCGGACGAACGCCCCGUCCGAACUUUGCCGCAUUUAUUUGCGCAAAAUCGAGCAUCUGUAUUACAAGUUCGACCCGCGGGUUUUACAGCAAAAAGCCGGGGAAAUCCCCAGGGAUUUGUACACUUCGGUGCAAGAAAUGGAAAAGUUGUGCAAAUUCAUUUACGCGAAAGAUGGCACCGAUCGGUUGCGCACACGUGCGAUUCUCUCCCAUAUCUACCACCACGCCCUGCACGAUAACUGGUUCCAAGCGCGUGACUUGGUCCUCAUGUCCCACCUCCAGGAGACCAUCCACCAUUCGGACCCCAGCACCCAGAUUCUCUACAACCGUACCAUGGCCCAUCUGGGUUUGUGUGCCUUCCGGCACGCGAAUAUCAAAGACGCGCAUAACUGUCUCGUGGAUUUGAUGAUGACCGGGAAGCCCAAGGAGUUGCUAGCCCAGGGGUUGCUCCCCCAGAGACAGCAUGAGCGGAGCAAAGAGCAGGAGAAAAUCGAAAAGCAGCGCCAGAUGCCCUUCCAUAUGCACAUCAACUUGGAGCUUUUGGAGUGCGUUUAUUUGGUCUCGGCGAUGCUGAUUGAGAUUCCCUACAUGGCGGCGCACGAGUUCGACGCCCGCCGGCGCAUGAUCUCGAAGACUUUUUACCAGCAGCUGCGGAGCUCGGAGAGGCAGAGCCUGGUGGGCCCCCCGGAGAGCAUGCGCGAGCACGUGGUGGCGGCGGCCAAGGCCAUGCGCAACGGGAACUGGUCGGCGUGCAACGGCUUCAUUAUCAACGAGAAGAUGAACGCGAAAGUUUGGGAUUUGUUUUAUCAGGCGGACGCGGUCAGGGCGAUGCUGACGCGGUUGAUUAAGGAGGAGUCCUUGCGGACGUACCUCUUCACUUAUUCGCACGUUUACGACUCGAUUUCCAUGGCAACGCUCGCGCAAAUGUUCGAGUUGGAUAAGCCGGUGGUUCACUCGAUUAUUUCCAAAAUGAUUAUCAAUGAGGAGCUGAUGGCGUCGCUCGAUGACCCGACUCAGACGGUUGUCAUGCAUCGAAGUGAGCCGUCGCGUUUGCAAUCACUGGCGUUGCAGUUGGCGGAUAAGAUUAAUAAUUUCGUUGAUUCGAAUGAGAGGAUUUUGGAGACGAAGCAAGGGAAUUUCUUUUCAAGGGGGAUGAAUCAAGGAAAUUUCAGAGGAGAUAGGCAGAAUUAUAGGGGGACCAAUCAGGAUUGGAGUCGGCAAAGGAGAGAUCACAGGAAAGAGUAUUAAGAGUGACAGUCAGGUUGGGUCUUUUUUAUUUGAAACCAAUAAAAAACAUACGAGUA